AUGACCUUCCAGAACGACCAUUAUCCCCUCUUACCAAACGACACUUUACAACAAAUCCCUCUCGAGGAUAUGGCAUUCCCCGAAGAUCACAACUCAACCUACUACAUCUACCGCGAGCGAAACGACCACAUGCUCAUCACCACGACCCAACAACCAAAAACAGAAAAGGAGCGCCGCAAGAAGCAAAAAGAAGACCCUUCCAGCGUCCAAGACCCAAAUGGCUACUUCGUCCACAGACCUUACCUCAGCUUCGCCCACCCGCCCCGGACCCUUCGCUACGGGGGCUCAAAGGACGGACGGACUAUAUGUCUCAUCCGCAGUUACAGUUUCUGGCGUCGGUGGCAACUGCAAUUUGGCACGGAGCUCGGGGACGCAAUUGACCCCAGAGGAGUCGUCCAGUGGCAAAGUCGGACCAAUGCCGAUAACAGUGUAAAGGCCGAUGGUGACCUGAAAGGGUAUCGGGUCCGCAGUUGGCGACUAUGGGGCGAGUCCGGCAAGCAGUAUCAUCGCGAGGUCAACACAAAGCGGAAGCAGGGGCUGUUUGCCGAAGAUGACGCCACCGACCAUCGACCUCUGAGAGCUACGGAGGCAGUUCAGUUGACCUGGAGGGCGCCGUUCUCGAAACGGACGAGAGAAUAUGCAUUCCGCUACGAAGGGGUUGAUUUCGUGUGGAAAGGCACCAAGGACUUGCCAGGGGAUAGCAAAUUGGCAAGGCGGUUGAUGCCGGUCCAUCAUCUGAAAUUGGUGGCGAUCAUGCCGUGCAAGGUGGCCGAUGAGGCUGAGGAGGUGGCUGUGGCGUGUUUUGUGUGCAGUGCUGAGGAAGACGAGUACGGGACUCUCGUCAUUCAGGACUCGAAACUGUGCAAAAUGCUUGGGAUCAGUGAGAUGCCGCAAGAUAUGGCAUUGGCUCGCGCCGAGGACCUGAGUCCGGCAAGAGUCCAUGAUACGAUUAUGGCCACUGCUGUGUGCAUGAUCAUAGGCGAGUGGCAGAAGCGCAAGACAGCAGUCAGCUUGGUCUUUGCACUGCUUUUCGCCGGGGCGACGAGUGGGGCGAAUAAAUAG